GAGAGAGUGCAAGCAAGCUAGCUAGCUGGCAGUCAAGCAAGCAAGCAAGCGAGCGAGCUAGCGAGCAAUGCAACUCAGAAGGCUGCAAUGGUGAAAUAAGCACGAUUCGUGAAGGGCAUAUUUUUUUCGUUGCACAAUCCAGAGAACAUCGCGGUCUGAGACUCGUCUGUUCCAGUUAGACUUAAUUUCUUAUUCAAUACCUUAAAAACAUUGGAAAUUAUGUCCCGAUCGGCGCUGAUCCAACCGGCAAGAUGAUGGUUUUAUCAAGGAGAGGGUUAGGUUGUGUAGCAGAUUCGGUGGUCUUGGUGAUAUUUGUGGCCACCUCUUGCUUGGGAACCGUAUCAACCAAGGAUACUGCCUUUGUGGAAGUUGUGCUUUUUGAGUCAAGUCCAAAUGGAGAUUAUACCACUUACACUACCGGUUUGCAAGGAAGAUUCUCCAAGGCUGGAGCCACAAUCAGCGCAGAGGGUGAAAUCGUACAAAUGCAUCCUCUGGGGCUGUGCAACAACAACGAUGAGGAGGACUUGUACGAGUAUGGCUGGGUGGGCGUGGUCAAAUUGGAGCAGCCCGAGCUGGACCCCAGCUGCCUGACUGUCCUGGGGAAGGCCAAGAGAGCAGUGCAGAGAGGAGCAACAGCAGUCAUCUUUGAUGUGUCUGAAAACCCAGAAGCCAUCGAUCAACUGAACCAGCUGUCGGAGGACCCCCUGAAGAGGCCGGUGGUGUAUGUGAAGGGCGCCGACGCCGUCAAGCUGAUGAACAUUGUGAACAAGCAGAAAGUGGCCCGGGCCAGGAUCCAGCACAGGCCGCCAAGGCCUGCAGAGUAUUUUGACAUGGGGAUCUUCUUGGCGUUCUUCGUGGUGGUGUCCCUCGUCUGUCUUAUCCUGCUGAUCAAGAUCAAACUCAAGCAGCGCCGCAGCCAGAGCUCCAUGAACAGGAUGGCCAUCCAGGCGCUGGAGAAGAUGGAGACGCGCAAGUUCAAGGCCAAGGGCAAAGGUCAGCGCGAGAGCAGCUGUGGGGCGUCCGACUCGCUAAGCAGCAGCUCCACAUCCGACUGCGCCAUCUGCCUCGAGAAAUACAUCGACGGAGAGGAGCUGCGAGUGAUCCCCUGUGCCCACCGAUUCCACAAGAAGUGUGUGGACCCGUGGCUACUCCAGCACCACACCUGCCCACACUGCAGACACAACAUUAUAGAGCAAAAGAAGGGAAGCGGCGGGCCAGUGUGUAUGGAUCCUGGGAACCCAGUACACAGCCGGCAGCAGAGGGUGGUGCUGCCAGUCCACUACCCAGGCCGCGUGCACCGCGCUGGCCAGGUGACCGCCUACCCGACCCGCACCAGCAUGGACCCGCACGGGAACCCCAUCACGGUGCUGACGGUGGACCAACACCCCGAGCAGGGCCUCUACCCGGGCCAGUCGUCGGCCUUCCUGCGUGGCUAUCCCACGCUGCACCUGGAGCACACACUGGGGCCGCACCACUGCGCCGCCAUGGAGCACCGGGCAACCGCCGCUGUCGCCGGAUACCCGCAGUCGCACAGCAGCGGCUUCAAGCGCUCCAAAUUCCACGGGCGCAAUUUCUCGCGUGCGCCCUGCUUUUCGCAGUACGAGACCAUGUACCAGCACUACUACUUCCAGGGCCUGACCUUCCCGCAGACUGACGCCCACGGGCAGCCUACAGGGGGCGCCGCGGGGCCACUGGGCCCCCACAAGGGCCAAAGCCGGGCCUUCCAGCAGGGACUCCUUUACCCAACAGUGGUCCACAUGGCCCCUACGUCCGGCUCGCGGCUGGGCGACGUCGGGCCCGGGGGCGGGGGUGGUGGUAGCAGCAGUUCUGGGCUGAGCUGUUACCACGGCCACCGGUCGGUGUGCAGCGGCUACUUGGCCGACUGCCCGGGCAGCGACAGCAGCAGCAGCAGCAGCUCGUCGGCGCAGUGCCACUGCUCAUCCAGCGACUCCAUGCUGGACUGCACCGAGGUCAGCAACCAGGGCGUCUACGGCAGCUGUUCUACCUUCCGCAGCUCGCUGAGCAGCGACUAUGACCCCUACGUCUACCGCAGCCGCAGCCCCUGCCGGGGGUCCGCUGGGGGCGAGGUGGCGGCAGCAGGCACGGGAAAUGGGCCGGGUUUGGGCUCUGGUCCCAGCGCUGGUGCCGCCGGGCGUCCUUCCUCUACCUCGGGGGCCGUGGUGGGUUCGGCCGAGGACUGCCCCCCUUCCCCUGGGGGGCUGGACUGCAUGCAGCUGACGUCCCCGCCACCAGCGCCCCCGCCUGCCCCCUGCUACUCCCCUGGAGACCAGCAGCACCAGCACCAGCACCAGCAGCACCAGCAUCAGCAGCUCCUCUCCACAUGCGGGAAGGAGUCUCUGUGCAGCGGCCGCCCUCUGCUCCUGGAGCCCAGGGAUGGCAGCAGCGCCACUGGCCCCGGCAGCACCAGCUCAACCUCAGCUGCCGCCACCAGCGCACCCUUGCAGCACCAGCACCAGCACCGGGAGGCCUCGUACGGGGCCAGCAUGGGCCGCCACAGGCUCCCGGUGGAGGAGGAGGACGAGGAGGAGAUGGAGGAGGAGAGCGGGGACGGGGGUUGCAGCUGCUGCCUGGAGACCCUGCCGCUCCACCCGGGGCUGGAGGCAGGGAGGCCCCGCGACGCUCCCGGCAUGGCCCCUAUGAACUUGCGCGGGCCGGGAGUGUCCGUCUCGGACCCCCUGGCAGGAAGUGGCGGUAGUGGCGGGGACCAUGGAGGGUACGACAGCCUGCCGUGCUGCUUCUACCAGGAGCUGGCCAUGCAGCGCGGCUCCAGUGGACGCAGUAAUGGCGGCGGUGCAGGUGGUAGAAGCGGCGUAGGCUGUUACUCGGAGGACUACGCCGUGAGCGUCCAGUACUCGCAGGCGGACGCUGCCAGUGCGCAGGGCGUCCGCGAGCCCAGCCGCCGGAUCCCCAUCAUCACCGGGGACGCGGACGGCGAGCUGGGACUCGAGGGACCCGACUCAGAGUCACGGGCGUCCCUGCUGCGCUCGUGCCGCAUCGCCCAGGCCCACGAAGAGGAGGAGGAGGAAGAGGAGGUGGGGCGGACUAGUGAGCCCGCCAGGGCCCUCUUCCCUCCCUCGGGACCUUAUCCGCGGAACAGAGUGGCGGCGAGCUUGCAGGAGGCCAGGUUGGAGGCGCGGGCCCUCUUCCCCGCCGCCAGGGCCUCACACUGCUCCACCGCCGCUAGCGUCGCCUGCACAGCCACUGACGAGGCCUGUGGGGUAUGAGACUGACACACUACCCCAACCCUAACCCCCGACCCCAACCACAGUGGCCUCUUGCAUCCAACCACCUCUCUUAAACUUCUUCUGCAGUUGCCUUGUUAAACCUUCACUGAAUGUCUACAUCAGAAACUGUGUGAGUUUCUACUGAGGUUUUCUCUUAAUUAUCUUUUUUUUUUUCUCCACUUUCUAUUUUCUUUCUCUUGAUGUCUCUCAUCAUCACUCUUUCCCAUUGGACUCCAUUUGAUUCCUGUGGCCUUCUGCAAAAGUUAACAUUUGGGAUAUAAUGAAAUGCUAGUAUAUGAGACCGAGAGUAAACAAAUGGCUGCACCAGAAUCAUCAGAAACCAAUAUGAAGCAUAUCUGUUCGAGGGCACUGGCAAGGAUCUAUUCCAAAGCCAUCUCCCAUCUGAUGAACUGUGUGUCAGGUGCAAGAGCAGGACCAUAUCUUCAUUCAUUCAUGCAUUCAUCCAUGCACUCAUUUAUUUGUGUGCUCAUUCAUUCAACCACACAACUCAAGGUCUCUGCUUUUACACACUAGUGCCCCCACACACACCAAUUGUUUUGCAAAUUUUAAACAUUUCAUUAUUUUCUUUCUUUGUUUUUACCAGUUUGCCAAGGUUUUACACAUCAUAAUGCCAGUAGUCUUAGUUAUUUUUACAUGCUGUAUCUUACAUGCACUCACUCAAUGGUGCGUGUUUACGUACAGCCUAAAUGAUCUGCAGUGCAUUGUGGGAAGGAAUCAGUCAUCCCAAAGCUUAUCAUGCUGCAGUUCAGAGUUUUUUUUUUUAAAUGAUGCUGUUUUACAGUACUAGUAUCAGUGCAGUGUUGAAGCUAAGCGGAUGAAUGGUGGUGUCUGAUUGAGGACUUCCACUGCUCCCUAUCCAACUUUCUCAGGGCUUCUUUGGAAUAGUGAUAAUAAAACACAGACCAAGACAAAGGUUACAUUUAUUUUCUAACAAAUCUACCAGUGAUUCAAAGAGGGUCUGUUUUAGGCUGUCUAUAGGGUAUAGCACCAAAGUAUAGGUUUGUGUGUGUGUGUGUGUGUGUGUGAGUGUGAGAGAGAGAGAAUAUGUUAAUGGGCUGGGAUUAUUUCCACUCAAGACUGCUUUACCUCUACUUCUGAGAAUGAUUUUCAUAAUUUCAUACCACCUCUGUGUGUGUGUGUGUGUGUGUUGUUUCAGUGAUAGUACAGCUCUCAUGCGUGUCUUUUUACUAGGCCAAAGCAGAAACUCGUUUGGGAACCAUUAGGAUGUGGGGGGUUUCUGAAGCAAACUAAUUCAAAGCAGCAUCCUUGUUUUAAGCUUUUCACAAACACAUACAUAAACACUCUUUCAUUCAGUCACUCUCUCUCUCACUCUCUCUCUCUCUCUUCUCUUGCCAUGUCUUCUUUUCUUUUCUCUCACUCACACAUGUUAAACACAAGCUCACAUCAUCCACACAGCGAUCUCCUCAUGCCUUUUUCUGUGUACACAGAGGUUUUUAUAUUGUUUCUAUGAAAUGUACCCAUCAAGCUCACAACUGGCGGCCGUGAGGAAGAGAACUGUUUUUUGGUUUUUGAUUAUUUAUGUACCCGCUAGCCGCCGAUUCUGGCACGGAAUCGGUCCAGAUCUGGCUCGGAGUCUGGUGAACAGCCAGGUCCUGGCCGGCUGCAGGCCGAACCAGAACGUGCUACUGUCUAGGAUGCUGAAACUGUAACCUGGUGCCGUAAUUCAUGGCCAAGAAUCUAAUCUUGCCUUGCAUAGAGAUAUGUACUGCAAAUGUAACAUUUUGGGGUACCUGAGUCACUAUUUAAUUUUUUUGUAUUGUUUGUAGCACUUAAGAAGAUUGUAUAAAAGACAAAUGUGUACAAAAAAUAAUAUUUUUUAAUUUUUUAAAAAUAUAAUUAUUUUCUCCAUCAUUACCAUUUUACAAAUGUUUUAAAAAAAGAAAAAAGGCUAGAAAUCAAUCUGUGUAUAUUUCAGUAUCUGUAUAGCAGCGCAUUUCAUGAAUGGAAAUAUGUUCUCUGAAUAUUUAUUUACUAAUAUAUUUAUCUUUAAGCCAUGUCUUAUGUUCAGAGUGUAUGAAAGGUUUGGAUUUUUUUUUUUUAUUAUUGCUUUGGUUUUUGAGAUCACUAACGUGAGACUUUUGUAAAUACAUGGUAAUUGCACACAAAACAAUUAAAUAUUCUCUGACCAAAAACUGAUUUUAAAAAAUUUAGUACCAUACAGUUUUGUAACAAAGUGUACAAAGAUCUGAAAAAUAUAUGGUUUUAUUCAAGUAAA